UUGGAGGUUCCGGGAGGCCGUCUGCCGUACACUUCUCAGUUGCAGUUCGUAGGGGGUCCUGAGAGCCCUGCCCCCAGCAUCCCCUGCUACCGGACGAUAGACUCAACUGGCCAAGAUGUACGGGACGCGCACGUGCCGUACCCACUCAGCCAGGAGCUAGCACUCCAGAUGUACACGUGCAUGGCCCGGCUACAGACCAUGGAUACGUUGUUCUAUGAGGCUCAACGGCAGGGUCGCUUCUCCUUCUACCUCACGUGCCAGGGGGAGGAGGCCACCAACAUUGGCUCAGCAGCUGGACUAGACGGAAAAGACAUGGUGUUCGCCCAGUACAGGGAGCAGGGUGUUCUUAUGUGGCGGGGCUUCACCUUGGAGCAAUUUGCAAAUCAGCUGCUGGGGAACUCCCUGGAGCCCGGCAAGGGCCGGCAGAUGCCCAUCCACUACGGCUCCCCCGAACACGCCUACCAGACCAUCAGCUCACCGCUAGCCACGCAGAUGCCACACGCGGUCGGGGCAGCCUACGCAUACAAGAUGGACCGCGUACAGCAGGUGGCUGUCGUAUACUUUGGCGAUGGGGCAUCUUCGGAGGGUGAUGCGCAUGCGGCUUUCAACUUCGCCGCGGUGCUCGGGGCGCCCGUCAUCUUCAUUUGUCGAAAUAAUGGCUAUGCCAUUUCGACGCCAGCACAUGAGCAGUACAAGGGUGAUGGCAUCGCCGGCCGUGGGCCAAUGUACGGCAUCCCGACGCUCCGCGUCGAUGGCGGUGACGUGCGCGCGGUGUAUAAUGCGGUAGUGGCGGCGCGGGCGCGGGCGCUCUCCGGAACCGGUCCCGUUUUGAUCGAGUGCAUGAGUUACCGCUCCGGGCACCACUCGACUUCUGAUGACUCUACACGGUACCGCACCAGCGAAGAAAUGCGCGCGUGGCGGGCGCGCGAUCCAGUGGCACGUUUCCGUACGUGGCUUGUACGACGGGGCUGGUGGGACGAGGCGCAGGAGGCGGCGUUGCGGCGAAAUACCCGUGUACAGGUGCUGGAGGCGCUCGACGCCGCGGCCAAAGUGCCCAAGCCCGAGUUGUCCUCCCUCUUCACCGACGUAUACUCAACCAUCACUCCGCUUUUGGAGUCUCAGAGGAAACAAAUACUGGAGUUUGUACGGCGUCAUCCUUCCGUGUGCCCGCCG